AGAUUUUCGGGUUGAGGUUUUUUGUAUUUACGUCUGAUUAGUCCGCUUUGACCCGCUUCGGCCUCUUGCAGUUUUUGUAUGAUCAAAUCUGAUUAUCGCUGAAGAGUGAUUUAUUCCCGUAAAUAAAGUUUUUCUAGUUGUUGCUGCAGAUGUUGAUUUGCAGUCUUUUCUUCAUCGGGUGUGGCCUGCGUCCAGCGACACUCAGCGUACAGACUGAAUGUUAAAGCGGUUAUAAGCCAUUAAAUCUAGUGUUCCGACUUUGCAAGAAUAUUGUGUCGCGAUUUUUUGACAUUUUGUUGCGCUCUUCGGAUCCACUCAGUCAGCUAUUUUGAUCAUUUUUUGCUCGUAGAUGAGACUUUUCGUGUACUGUAAUAAAAUAACAUUCGGUCUUGGUGCUCUUAUUCCAUAGAGUGACUUCCAGAUCUUUCUGAAGUUGACAAUUAGCGAUGCCAUGCGCCUCGAUCAACCAAACAGUCGUUCUUAAUCAUUUUAAUGAUCGCUACAGAGGGCAUCGGUUACCAUGGUUCCUGAAAAGAGCUUCUUUCGUCUCCGCAGUGUGAGACCGAGGACUUUACAGUGAGCCCGCCGGGAGUCCACUGUACAUUGAGGUGCUGCCGCCGGAAGGAGCUGCUGCAAAGUAGAGUGGAAAGAGUGGCAGCUUCCCGGCGUCCGCAAAAGUAGGACUUCCUUCGUCCUCGGCAGGUAAAAAAGCCUCACACUUGGGAGCAGCUGCGUAACCUUCAAAGGGUGGCACGAAGAAAAUCGUGAAACUGCCUGUGAUCAAGUCCAUGCGUCCGAAAUAUUGCUCAAGGUGCGACGUAAAGCAUAGGUGAGACGCCGUGUGUCCACGUGUGCGUCCGAAGUGUCUCGAUUGUGGCAGAAAACACCGGGAGGGAACUAAGUGCCCAGCAAAGUGGAGACAUUGCAAAGACUGUUACACGUAUCAUCGCAAAGACACUGGCUGUCCCCUGAAAAAGGUACUUGCCUGUCUAAGUAGGAGUUUUUGCUUACUUAUCUCAUUAUGGUUCGAUUGUCGCCUGUGAGCCGACGCGGGAAACCUUGCGGGUAAAAGUGAGUAGUUUGGUUGUAACAAAGAAGCUUUGUUUUAUCUCACGAUUCUUUGCCACAAGUUUAGUUUGAUUUUUAUGAGUUUCAGGUGGAAGUUCGGUCACGUCUCCAUAAUUAUUCUUUUCACGACUCAUUCUGUUCGUUUUUCCAACACUGGCAAGAUUCUGUGGCGACUGCGGCGUGCAUCAUCGCAAAGGGGAAAGGU